GGCACAGUGAGGGAGCGCUGAACUAUUUAUAAAAGUGCUUAUUAUUUGUAUUCGGAUUAAACGUAUUUCUGCUACUUUAAGAAGAUGAAACCAAUUCCCCAACUCCUGAUAUGCGGAAGGCGCCAUAUUGCCGUACGGCGGAAGCUCUAGCGGUAGCCGCCAUCUUGCUGUAGGGAAGUGGCUCUCUUGGUGAGGUAGGGAAGGGAGCGGCGGCCUGUCAGUGACUGACACCGACUCAUAGCUGUAAAUCUUCGGUGAGUUCCCCAGCCAGGAGCCGCCAUGAUCCUGCUAGAGGUGAACAAUCGCAUCAUAGAGGAGACCCUAUCACUCAAGUUCGAGAAUGCGGCGACUGGGAAUAAACCAGAGGCUGUGGAGGUGACAUUUGCAGAUUUCGAUGGCGUUCUUUACCACAUUUCUAACCCAAAUGGAGACAAGGCGAAAGUGAUGAUCAGCAUUUCCCUGAAGUUCUACAAAGAGCUGCAGGAACACGGUACUGAUGAGGUCCUGAACAAGGUGUAUGGAAACUUUCUGGUGCCUGCUGAACCCGGUUACAAUGUGUCAUUGCUGUACGACCUGGACUCCCUGCCUACAAACCGAGAGUCCGUCAUUCAUCAGGCUGGCAUGCUUAAGAGGAACUGCUUUGCCUCCGUAUUUGAGAAGUACUUCAGGUUUCAGGAAGAGGGAAAGGAUGGUGAGAAGAGAGCGGUUAUUCACUACCGUGAUGAUGAGACCAUGUACGUGGAAGCCAAAAAGGAUCGAGUCACCGUGGUGUUCAGCACAGUAUUUAAGGAUGAUGAUGAUGUGGUGAUUGGAAAGGUAUUUAUGCAGGAGUUUAAGGAAGGGCGUCGUGCCAGUCACACAGCACCUCAGGUUCUAUUCAGCCAUCGAGAACCCCCUCUGGAGUUAAAAGACACAGAUGCAGCAGUGGGAGAUAACAUUGGCUACAUCACAUUUGUGCUCUUUCCUCGCCAUACCAACCCCAACGCACGGGACAACACCAUCAAUCUCAUUCACACAUUCCGGGAUUACCUGCACUAUCAUAUCAAGUGUUCCAAGGCUUAUAUCCACACUCGCAUGAGAGCAAAAACAUCGGACUUUCUUAAGGUUCUGAACAGAGCUCGUCCAGAUGCUGAGAAGAAGGAGAUGAAGACUAUGUCGGGAAAGACAUUUGCCACUCGCUGAUCAUUGGGAAUAGUGUCAAGUCAGUAUAGAAAAAUGGCACUCGUCACCCCAGGGGUCAGAAUUCCAGAUGGAUCUGUUCCAAUAUGACUCUCUGGGGGUACAAUUCCAUGAAAUUCAAUGUGUUUAAAGCUGUGCUUUGCCAAGACUGAAAAUGAGAAGCUGGGUGAUAUUAUCAUUGUUAUCCACAGUCCUCUCCCUGCCACGUUCUGCUUUCUGUUCUUGUUUCUUAUUGGGGAGACAAAAUGAUGGUUAACAUACAUGUGUAAUUGCAAAUGUGUAUGUUUUUGGAAUUGUUAAAUAAAUCUUUCUAUCCUA